GUGUGUCUAAAGGGCAUACUACGCCAUGGAAACAAGAGCAUGGGGAGCCCUGCCUAACACAUCACAAACAGGUUCUUAGUUAGUGGCAGCAUAUUGAAUUCCCGUUCCUCCACAAUAGUCAAUGCAAACUGAAUGACUUGAUGCUUUCUUUUCAGCCUGGUCAUAAAGGAAAACAAAGUUUACACAAUGAUUUAACCAACAGGUUUUGUUGCAUGGUUGAGGGAAGCACUAACUAAACAGUCAUUGAACUUAUCAAGAUUUAAUCAAACUAUUCAGUACAUUAACUAGGUAUAUUGGGAUCUUCUAUUCCACAUACCCCUCUCUGAUGGGCAUUGAAUAAAGACAAUGGCUCUCUGAAGCCACAUGCAAUUAAUAUCAGGACAGCAUUUUUGUUAAAAGCCAAAAAAAUGUAACCUUUUAAAAAUGUCUGCACAUUAUGUGCAAUAUGGUUUAAUUGAAAAGCUCCUGUAUACUUUAAAUAUCUUGCCUACUUUUAUAUACUACUAGAUAUCAGGGGUACUCAACUCUUACCUUACGAGGUCCGGAGCAUGCUGGUUUUCUGUUCUACCCUAUAAUUAAUUACACACACCUGGUGUCACAGGUCUAAAUGAGUCCCUGAUUAGAGGGGAAGAAUGAAAAGAAUGCAGUGGAACUGCCUUCGAGGUCCAGAUUUGAGUUUGAGGGUACUGUGGUAUUCACGGUAUGUUAAUAGUUGCACAGACAUGCAGCAUGAAUGUGGCUUUGGCAACACCACAUCCAAGGUAUGUCUACUUCAACUUCUUCCCUGAAAGACUCAACAGAGGUAUCCUAAUUGAUGAGGACCAGAAGAGCACCAGCCUGAGUCGACGCGUGUUCAGGAGCCGAGUACGGAACAUCGUCUCUCCUGAAAAGCUAUUGUACAAUCAGCCCAGUGUCUUGGUGGGACGUACUGAUGUGGUGUCAGUGACCCCAUGGUUGGCACCCAUCGUCUGGGAAGGCACCUUUGACCCUGUGCUUGUCGACAAUAUCUACAAGCCCGUGAACCUCACAAUAGCAACCACAGUGUUUGCCAUUGGAAAAUAUGUCAGAUUUCUCCAAGAUUUUCUGGACACAGCAGAGAAGCACUUUAUGGUCGGCUUCAACAUGCGCUACUACGUUUUCACUGAUCGUCCCCACGAUGUUCCUUCAGUGAACCUGACUCAGGGGAGACAUUUGAGUGUGAUCCAGGUCCCGGGUUCAAACCGCUGGCAGGAGAUAUCAGCCCGGAGGAUGGAGAUCAUCCAGACCACCAUCGAACGUCAGAUCAGAAGGGAGGCCGACUACAUCUUCUGUCUGGACGUGGACAGCAAGUUCCACGCUCGCUGGGGGUCAGAGUCUCUUGGAAGGCUGGUUGCUGUGAUACACCCAGGCUACUACGAGCAGACGCGUGACCGCUUCCCGUACGAACGGCAUCCAGCCUCAACGGCCUACAUCCCCACGGAUGAGGGAGACUACUACUAUGGCGGGGCUAUGAUCGGAGGGUUCGUGGAGGAUGUGUACACACUAACAAAGGUGUGUCGGACCCGGUUUGAGGAGGAUGCGGGGAAUUCCAUCGAGGCUGCCUGGCAGGAGGAGAGCCACCUCAACAGGUACCUGCUCUACAACAAGCCCAGCAAGGUGUUGUCUCCAGAGUACCUGUGGCAGGACUUCAAGGCCAAAACCAAAGAGGUAAAAGUCAUUCGCUUCUCAGGGGUCAUUAAAAACUAUGCUGAUGUUCGUCCCAAUGUAUGAAAUAGGAAGUGGCUAUUAGACCGGCAGAAGAAAAACUGAAUUUAGUCGUAGCGGUAAAAUUAAUUGAGUUUAGGUUAAGGAACAAGGGUUAAGUUUAACUUUAGGUGUAGUUUGACUGAGGUUAGGGGAAGACAUAAUAACAAUUUUGGGGGUGCUUAUAAAUUUGUCAACUGUGGGUGUUUCUUGUACAAAUGUGUUAUGGAAAUGUGUUUCUUGCAUAUCACAACUCCUGAGAGUGGGGUCACGGGCCAGGGUCACCAUUGUUCGUUUUAACUUAUUUCAUUCUGUAUUCUAUCUAUUUUGCAUGUUGAUUACUGUGAGGGAACAAAGAAUAUGUAAAAAAUGUAACAAUAGGUAUAAUACUAUUAUUGUUAUUACUAUUAUUGUAUGUUAUUUUCUUGAAAUAAAUGUUUUCCCACAUUCCAUUA